AUGGGACAAGAGGGGAGCCACAACGAGGAGAUGGAUCCGGCACAGAUCCAGGAGCUGUGCAUCAUGUUCAUGAAGGAGUGCCCGAGCGGUGCCCUGCACCUGCACGAGUUCAAGAGGAUCUUCGGGGUACAGAGCAGCUCUGCAGAGGAGUCCCUCUACAUCGAGACAAUAUUCCACUCCUUCGACACAAAUCGGGAUAACACACUGGAUUUCCUGGAGUAUGUAGCGGCGCUUAACUUGAUUUUACGGGGGAAUCUUGAAGACAGACUCAAGUGGUCCUUCAAGAUGUACGACAAGGACGGUAACGGCAAGCUGGACAGACAGGAAGUGAAACGGCUCAUUAGGAUUAUUCACAAAAUCAAGCUCCAGACGAGCGACGUCAGCAUGACGCCGUCCCAGAUCUGCGACAGAAUCUUUGAGCUGGUCGACCAGAAUAACGACGGUCAGAUUACCUUGUCGGAGUUCAUGGAGGGAGCUCAGAAGGAUGAAUGGGUCAUGAACCUGCUGAAGCUGGACGUCAACGCCACCGGUUGGGUCAUCCAGAACUGCGGGAGGUUCCCGUGAUCUCCCCGUGUGUGGGUUCACCGCCCGCGGGCUUUCGUUUGAGGCUGACACAGA